AUAUCCCCCUCGGGAAUAGGCCUACCCUGGUUUACAAGGUCCGGCACAGUUGUAUUUUGCUGAGAAUCCCGAUUUAAAGAAGCUAAUUAUCCACUAUUGUCCUACCACAAACCUCCUAUAAUCGAAAGGUUCGCUUUCUUAGCAUAAUGACUAAAUCUCAGAAGACGCACGGGACGGGCUCUCCAUCCUACGGAAGCAACAAAAAGAGGCAUGAUGGCUACGUGAAUCCUUGCAUUAACUGGUCUGUAAUGGUCUAUUGGCCCACCGCCUAACGGAAAGAUCGAGUAUGAUACCGUCGCUAUGGAUUUGAAGUCCAGGGGUUCGAUUGUUAGUUAUAUACCGAGGUUCGUCAUAGAUGUCAACGCGCCCGCUCGUUGUUUAGUCGCUUUAGUGUUCCUCAUCGCCAACCCCAAACUGAAGAGAGCAAUUGGAUAUCUCGUUCACGAUGCAUAUCCUCACAUCAACGACGGCGCUCCUAGCGAUUCCCGGUGCUGCGGCACAGCUUAACCAGCUUGCCAAAGCAGCCGGGAAGCUCUACUUCGGAUCUGCGACAGACAAUAACGAGCUAUCUGACUCGGCCUAUGUCAAGAUCCUGAAAGAUUCUAACAUGUUCGGUCAAAUUACACCGGGCAAUGGACAAAAGUGGCAGUACACCGAAUCGAGCCAGGGUUCCUUCUCAUACGACUCAGGCGAUGAGAUCGUGAACUUUGCCAAGACUAACAAUCAGAUUGUGAGGUGUCACACACUCGUUUGGUAUUCGCAAUUACCAAGUUGGGUCAGCGAUGGUUCAUGGUCGACUUCCCAAUUGACGUCCGUCGUCAACACACACAUCGCUAACGAAGUGGGUCACUACAAGGGAAAAUGUUAUUCGUGGGACGUAGUCAACGAAGCUCUCAACGAAGACGGCACCUACCGCGACAACGUCUUCUACAAGGUCCUAGGUGAGUCGUACAUUCCUCUCGCUUUCAAAGUCGCCGCAGCCGCCGACUCUAGCGCCAAACUGUACUACAACGAUUACAACAUUGAGGGUACGGGCUCCAAGCAAGCCGCCGCCGCCAAGAUCGUCAAGCUCGUUAAAGAUGCAGGCGCUAAGAUUGACGGUGUGGGCAUGCAAGCGCAUUUAAUCGUAGGCUCGAUCCCGAGUCAAAGCAGUCUUGAGAGCGCGAUAAAAUCAUAUCUCUCCGCCGGCGCCACCGAGGUCGCGUACACGGAGCUCGAUAUCCGGUUCUCAAGCCUACCUGCUAGUGAUUCCGGACUCAAACAACAGGCUGAUGACUACACGACUGUGACCAAGGCGUGUCUUGCGAAUAAAGCCUGCGUUGGUAUUACCAUCUGGGAUUACACCGAUAAAUACAGUUGGAUCCCAUCUGUGUUCAACGGUGCGGGUGCUGCGCUGCUGUGGGACGAGAAUUUGAAGCAGAAACCUGCGUAUACGGCCGUUAGUAGCGUACUAAAAGCCGCGGCAACGAAGAGUGCAGUUUCGGAUACGGCUACUGUUACGACGCUAUCAACUGCUAUUAAGCCUACCGCUACGGCGGAUGCGUGCGCUGUGGCGAAAUAUGGACAAUGUGGUGGGAAAGGAUUUUCGGGGUGUACGGCUUGCGCGGCUGGAGCUUCUUGUGCUGCGACGAAUGAUUAUUAUUCGCAGUGCGUGUAAACUGGUACCUCUGAGGACCAUAUCACAUUACCAGCUAAGUCAGUGAAAAGAGAGAGCAGAACAAGAUUAAUAAUGUUGAUAUUUAGGAUUUCUAAGGCUGACUUUAAUAAUACCAGAUUUAUUC